AUGUUCUCAUCUACGGCUGCGAGGCGGGUUGAUUUUGAGCAUGUGGUCAUAGGCGCCGGCGCAGUAGGCUUAGCCAUAGCCCGCGCCCUCGCCCAGAAGACGCCCUCCACCCUCCUCCUGGAACGCCACCAGCACCCAGGCACCGAGACCUCGUCGCGCAACAGCGAGGUGAUCCACGCGGGGCUCUACUACGGGCCCGGCACGCUCAAGACAGAGCUCUGCAUACGAGGGCGCCAGCUCAUGUACGACUUUUGCGGGCGCCACGCCGUGCCGCACCGCAACUGCGGCAAGUUCAUCGUGGCGCAGGACGAGGCCGGGCGGGAGGCGCUGGAGAAGGUGUUUCGGCACUGCGAGGAAGGGGACCUGGCCGGGCGGGCUCCCGUGCGGUGGGUCGGGCGGGAGGAGCUGGCGCGCAGGGAGCCCAUGGUGCGGGCGGACGCGGGGUGUCUGGAGUCGCCCACCACGGGCAUCGUGGACUCGCACGCGCUGAUGGUCGCGCUGCUGGGCCACUUCGAGGAGGCCGGCGGGACUUUGCCCCCGACGCCUGGCGCAGAGGGGUGGGAGGUGACGGUCGGGGGAGGAGGACAAGACGGCAGCGAGGAGACGACCAUCACGGCGGCAACACUCAUCAACGCCGCCGGUCUGGGCGCCGUCGACAUCCACAACCUCAUCGCCCCGCCCGAGCAGCACAAGAAGCUGUACUAUGCCAAGGGCAACUACUUCUCCUACACCGCCUCGCACCCCAAGGUCAACACCCUCAUCUACCCGGCCCCUGUGCCGGGCCACGGCGGCCUGGGCACCCACCUGACCAUGGACAUGGGCGGCCGCAUCAAGUUUGGCCCGGACGUCGAGUGGGUGGACCGCCCUGAUGACCUCGCCGUCAACGGGACCAGGAUGGACACGGCCGUGCGCGAGAUCCUGCGCUACCUGCCUGGCGUCGAUGUCACUGCCCUGGCCCCGGAUUAUGCUGGCAUCCGGCCCAAGCUGGUCCCCGGCGGCGCCGUCAUGGAUGGCCAAAAGUUUAAUGAUUUUAUUAUUCGCCGCGAGGAGGGCUGGGAGGGGUGGGUGAACCUGCUUGGCAUCGAGAGUCCUGGGUUGACAAGCUGUUUGGCUAUUGCUGAGAGGGUGGAGAGCUUGUUGUAUAAGUGA